UACCUUCCGCGCCGUACGUUUUACCGAUCGACAUGGCCCACUUCUAGAAUGCGUCGUAUAAGCAUCGGACGGUCCUGCUCGAUCCACCUUCCCCUUUCCACAACCUAUCCGUUUCUUAAAACUCCUUCCAUCCAUCGAGACUGACUGUGAUCGGUUCUUCUCCUUCUCUUCCUCUCCAAUGGCGUCUUCUUCCACCGAAGGCUUGGUGCCGAUAACGAGGGCAUUUCUUGCUCGAUUUUACGAUAAAUACCCCUUUCCUCCUCUAUCCGAUGACGUUUCCCACCUCUCCGCCCAGCUUAGAUCCUCGUCCAACGGUUUGCUGAAGGAAUUUCCCGCCACUCCUAGUGAGGAACUCUUAGUGCGUGAAGUAGAUUUGCCUGCUCCCCAUAAACUUGAUGAGAAUUUCUGGAAGAAUAGGGAACAUAUAGAAGAAAUACUAUUUUUACUAGACAAGCAUCAUUGGCCGAGUUCGCUUAAACAACAAUCCACAGCUGAAGACAUUGAAAUUGCUGCUGCUAUCAGAGAGCUCCUAGUUAAAUUACGUAACACAUUGAAGACAUUAGAGUUAUUCCAAUCCCAGCAAGCUGAUAGAAUAUUUAACACAGUUAUGACCUAUAUGCCUCAGGAUUUUCGAGGUACGCUUAUUAGACAGCAACGGGAGCGUUCAGAAAGGAAUAGACAAGCUGAGGUUGACACUUUGGUUAGUUCUGGUGGAAGCAUACGUGAUCGAUAUGCUUUACUCUGGUAUCAGCAAAUGGAAAGGCGGAGACAAUUAGCCCAGCUUGGUGCUGCGGCAGGCGUCUAUAAAACACUUGUGAAAUACUUGGUUGGAGUACCAGAGGUUUUGCUAGAAUUUGUAAGAAAGAUAAAUGAUGAUCAGGGGCCCAUGGAAGAACAACGACAUCGCUAUGGACCAUCUUUGUACAGCCUUACAAACAUGGUGCUCUCAAUUCGAUUCUUUCUUCUACUUUCCUGGGGCCGUUUUGACGAAAGAAAACUGCAGAAGGAGAAGGUUGCCCUCCUGGAACAAGCAGUGGAUGUCUACACAUCUGAGUUCGAAAGAUUUCUUACAUUCAUCAGUGAGGUCUUUGCAAAUGCCCCCUUCUUUAUUUCAGCAGAGGAUGCUGGUGCAGUAGAAUCAAGGAAAAAGGAUGAUUACAAGGAGGCAAUUGUUCCUGCAGGAAAAAAUUAUGAGGUCUCGCUGACUGUGGAAUCUGUAAACUCGUACAUUGCAUGGGAUUUCUCAUUAGCCCAAGGGAAAAUGAGCAUGGACAUUGGAUUUAGCGUGGAGUAUGUUAGCCCUUCUGGGCAAAUUACAAUGAUUUUACCCUACCGGCGUUACGAGUCUGACCAAGGCAACUUCUCUGCAUGUAUGACUGGUUGCUACAAACUCAUAUGGGACAAUUCCUAUUCAACCUUUUUCAAGAAGAACUUGCGUUACAAAGUGGACUGUAUACCUCCUGUUGCAGAAACUCCGCAAACUGCAGGCUGAAGCUUGAAGGAUAAAAGGGGGUCCACCUUGGGUGGCAAAAAGGAUUUGGUUUGUCCUCUGAGUGUUUCUCAAUGCCGACCAUUCUGGUGUGCCAUUGCUCAAGUCCUUGGGAUUGACUGGUGGACUAUACCGGUCAAUCCUAGGGGCUGUUAUUGCUAUUGCUGCAGAUGCGCAACACAAUCUGUAAUCUGUAUUCCUAGCUGUGAACGACGAUCAGUGGAAUCUAUUGUUAUUUGUGGGGCCUAUUUUAUGUUGUUUCUAAUCUGUGUAAUGCCUUCUUUUUCUCUAGCCAUUGAUAAAAGCACGAGGAUGCCGAAAUUCU